AAAUUACGUUAAGUGGGCAGAACGAUAUAAUCAUAAUGGCAUCAUAUUGCCAUUAUAUUCUCUGUUUUAAUCUUUUCAGGUAAUGGUGUGUCAUCGCUUGUCAGCGUUUAUAAUUCCUAACGCGGAUUGCUUUAAAUUCUUAUUUUUUGCCUACACGUGUCAUGAAAAAAAGAAGUAUAUUCCAACGUUGCGAGCCGGAUGGACCAGACAGUAACGAAAUGUUAGAAUUCUAAUUAACAGGAAAUUUAUACCUCGGCACGAGCACUGGUUUUGCAUUUUCCAAUGUUCUGUGAUUACAUAAAAUCUUCCGGUCUCUUCGAUAUAAAAGAAUGAUCACAAAGCACAUUAACAACAGCUUCACCGUCCAGUGAGUGAAAAUAUUUAACACCAUUGUUAAGCAGACUAACUCGACAACAGCAAGCGGAAUGAAUCCCGAUAAGGAGUAUCGCAUUUGGUCCUUGGUUAGUCAGAAAUACUUGGUUUUAACGAAAAAUGGUGACAAUACGCCAACUGUCGACUGCACAGGGACAGGACAAGAACAGUCAGGUGUGAUUUCACUCACUCGUAAUACUAAAAGCGCAAUCCCUGGGGAGGUUUCCUAUCACUUUAAGUUCCGUGCUGAUGAUGGCACAGAAUACGUAUUACAGGUAGAUAAACAGACGACUCCGGCUACAAUCUACCUCCAGCCUUUCACAGAGGCGGACUCGACUACAUCGGCUUUUGUGCCAGAGUCAUUCAUGAUAAACUCUGGCCCUUUCAAGGCACUGAAAGUCGGAAACAGCGCGAAGUGUAUCGCCUCUAGUAAAGACGGACAUUUGUCCCUCAAAUCAUGGAAACUCGAUAAUCCCCAUCCGGAAAGCAUUUUCGUUGUUUCUGAGAUAGACUGACUCACGACUGAAACAGAAAGCUAGUUUGCUGAAGUUUUGAACAGCAACAUUUCGGCAAUUCCAAUAUGUCUCGUGCUAGCUUGCUGUCCAGAGUACAUAAAUUGAAUUGCACUUAAAGCAGCUUAGUCAAAAAGUUUACGUUCGCGUAAAUUUAAGUAUUGCUAUAAUUAUAUAGUGUUUAUAAAUUUAUUAUGUGACGUUCUAGCCAGCUGUCACUUUAAGUAAUUUUGUACGAGUUUCUGAGAGCUCUUCCGUGUUUCAUGUGUAAAUGAACUGAACUUCUACUUACAGUUUUCUAGACAUUUAACUCAAAAAGUACAUACCUAGCUACAAUGAAAGAUCGUGUUAAUUAUGUGGAGUAACUCCUUUCAUUGCUUUGUUAAUUUAACCAAUGAUUCCCACAGUACUAGGAAUCAGUAUAAAUUCUUCUUUUACCUACAGGAACGUACUUUUACGAUCAUGUACACGGGUGUAUCAAGAAAGAGCGUUACACUAGUGUCGAUUAGGUAACAGAUACACCACGUAAACAAUACCCCGUAGACUUGUUCGAAAUCUCUUUUUGUUGUAAUGCACAAGGACAGGAAAGUGAAUUUGAAAUAUUAAAAUAAUUCAAAAUCACUCGCGAAAAAAAUCCAGCAGGGUUCUCAGUAAUUUUUAUAGUAAUCGUUUUUAUUCCCAUUAAGGAAGAUUUCAUUUGUUUCCAGAAACCAUUUUUUUUUUUCUUUCGUGUCCUCCGUGAGGUAGUAUAAGUAACUGUUUGUAGCAGAAAGUGGAAGAUUUGAGGAAUAGAUAAAUUACCCCAAAUAUAAAAUGAAUAAAAUGUUUACUGAGACAAUAAUUCAUUUCC